AUGGAAGAAGUCUGCGAAGGAAAGGAAUUCUCAUUCCCUCGUCAAGAAGAAAAUGUCCUCUCCUUCUGGUCCCAAAUCGAUGCCUUCAAGACUCAGCUCAAACGAACUGAGAAUCUCCCGGAGUAUAUCUUCUACGACGGUCCUCCUUUCGCCACCGGACUUCCUCACUACGGUCACAUCCUCGCCGGUACGAUUAAAGACAUCGUUACAAGGUACCAAUCCAUGACUGGUCACCACGUAACUCGUCGGUUCGGAUGGGACUGUCAUGGUCUUCCAGUGGAGAACGAGAUUGAUCGGAAGUUGGAUAUUAAGAGGAGAGAUCAAGUGAUUCAGAUGGGGAUUGAUAAGUAUAAUGAAGAGUGUAGAAGUAUUGUGACUCGGUAUGUGACUGAGUGGGAGAAAGUGAUUACAAGGACUGGUCGUUGGAUUGAUUUCAGUAAUGACUAUAAGACUAUGGAUUUGACUUAUAUGGAAAGUGUGUGGUGGGUUUUUGCUCAGCUUUUUGAGAAGAAUCUUGUUUACAAAGGCUUCAAGGUUAUGCCGUAUAGUACUGGUUGUAAGACUCCAUUAUCUAACUUUGAAGCUGGUGAGAACUACAAGGAAGUUCCUGAUCCCGAAAUCUAUGUGACGUUUCCGAUUAUUGGCGAUCAAGAUAAUGCGGCUUUUGUGGCCUGGACUACUACUCCGUGGACACUUCCAAGCAAUCUUGCUUUGUGUGUUAAUGCAAAGAUGGUCUAUUUGAAGGUUCGUAGCAAGAGCAACGGAAAAGUCUAUGUGGUUGCUGAAUCUCGGUUGUCAGCUCUUCCUGCUGAUAAGCCUAAGGCCAACUUAAGUGGUGAUGCCAAGAAAGCAAACCCUAAAGCUAAAGGUGCUAAACCUGACAGUGCAGCUGAUUCUUAUGAAGUUUUGGAAAAAUUUAAGGGAGAUUCCCUGGUUGGGAAGAAGUAUGAACCUUUGUUUGAGUACUUUAACGAUUUCGCUAGUGAGGCCUUUCGAGUAGUAGCAGAUGAUUAUGUCACUGAUAGCAGUGGUACUGGUAUUGUCCACUGUGCACCUGCCUUUGGUGAAGAUGAUUAUCGUGUUUGUCUCCAGAACGCGAUAAUUAAAAAGGGUGAGGGCCUUGUCGUGGCUGUUGAUGACGAUGGGUCGUUUACAGAGAGAAUUACCCACUUCAGUGGCCGUUAUGUCAAAGAUGCAGAUAAGGAUAUAAUUGAAGCCGUGAAGGCCAAAGGAAGGCUUGUUAAAUCGGGGAGCUUUACUCACUCAUAUCCAUUUUGCUGGCGAUCAGACACCCCCCUCAUUUACAGAGCAGUGCCAAGCUGGUUUGUGCGCGUGGAGCAGUUGAAAGAACAGUUGUUAACAAAUAAUGAAGAGACACAUUGGGUACCUAGUUACGUGAAGGAAAAACGUUUUCACAAUUGGCUUGAAAAUGCAAGGGAUUGGGCAGUCAGCCGAAGUAGAUUUUGGGGUACGCCUCUUCCAAUAUGGAUCAGCGAUGAUGGGGAGGAAGUUGUGGUCAUGGAUUCUGUUGAAAAGCUUGAAAAGCUCUCUGGUGUCAAGGUCUUUGAUCUGCACCGCCACAACAUUGAUCAUAUUACAAUCCCGUCUAGUCGUGGUAAAGAGUUUGGUGUUCUCCGUCGAGUGGAAGACGUUUUUGAUUGUUGGUUUGAGAGUGGUUCAAUGCCUUAUGCAUAUAUCCAUUAUCCAUUUGAGAACAGGGAGCUAUUUGAAAAUAACUUCCCUGGUGAUUUUGUGGCUGAAGGACUUGAUCAAACUCGUGGAUGGUUUUAUACUCUUAUGGUGUUGUCUACUGCAUUAUUUGGGAAACCAGCGUUUAGUAAUCUAAUUUGCAACGGUCUUGUGCUUGCUGAGGAUGGAAAAAAGAUGUCUAAGAAACUACGGAAUUAUCCACCACCUUUGGAAGUCAUAGAUGAGUAUGGGGCUGAUGCUGUGCGAUUGUACUUGGUAAAUUCUCCGGUUGUACGUGCUGAGCCACUACGUUUCAAAAAAGAAGGAGUACUUGGUGUUGUCAAAGAUGUAUUCCUUCCAUGGUACAAUGCAUAUCGGUUCCUUGUUCAGAAUGCAAAGAGACUUGAGAUUGAGGGUUCUGGGCCCUUUGUUCCUACUGAUUUGGCAACUUUACAGUCAUCAAACGUUCUCGAUCAAUGGAUUCACUCAGCUACGCAGAGUCUUGUCCACUUUGUUCGCCAGGAGAUGGAUGGAUAUCGGCUUUACACUGUGGUUCCCUAUCUGUUGAAGUUCCUUGACAAUCUCACUAACAUAUACGUUAGAUUCAACAGGAAGAGGUUAAAAGGCCGUACAGGAGAAGAUGAUUGUCACACUGCUCUUUCAACUUUAUACAAUGUGCUCCUUACUUCUUGCAAAGUGAUGACCCCUUUUACACCUUUCUUCACUGAGACUUUAUACCAGAAUCUGCGGAAAGUGAAGAAAGGCUCUGAGGAAAGCAUACACUACUGCAGUUUUCCACAAGAGGAAGGAAUGAGAGAGGAGAGGAUUGAGCAAAGCGUUACAAGGAUGAUGACAAUCAUUGAUCUUGCUCGCAACAUUCGUGAGCGACACAGACUACCCUUGAAAACUCCUCUAAAGGAAAUUAUUCUAGUCCAUCCAGAUGCAGAAUUUUUGAACGACAUAACUGGAAAACUAAGAGAGUAUGUCUUGGAAGAACUUAAUGUAAGGUCUCUUGUCCCAUGCAAUGAUAUUCUGAAGUAUGCAUCUCUAAAAGCAGAACCAGAUUUCAGUGUAUUGGGAAAGCGACUUGGAAAGUCAAUGGGGCUCGUUGCAAAGCAAGUUAAAGAAAUGUCUCAGCAAGACAUCUUAAGAUUUGAAAAGGCUGGUGAAGUAACGAUCGCUGAACACAAGCUGGAGCUAACAGAUAUUAAGAUUGUCAAGGUUUUCAAACUCCCCGAUGGUUUGACAGAUAAAGAAAUUGAUGCAGCUGGAGAUGGUGAUGUUUUGGUGGUUCUGGAUCUACGAGCAGAUGAAUCUUUGUAUGAAUCAGGUGUUGCCCGUGAGAUUGUCAAUCGGAUCCAGAAACUACGGAAAAAGUCAGGUCUGGAACCAACAGACUUUGUGGAAGUGUACUUUGAAUCAUUGGACAAGGAAGAAUCUGUUUCGCAACAAGUUCUAAACUCCCAGGAACAAUACAUUAGGGGUUCAAUUGGUUCCCCCUUGCUUCUGUCUACAUUGAUGCCGUCACAUGCAGUCAUAAUCUCCGAGGAGAGUUUCCAAGAUGUUUCAAAGUUGUCGUUCAAGAUAACUUUGGCUAGACCGGCUUUGAAGUUUAACGAAGAGGCCAUUAUUGCUUUAUACUCAGGUGAUGUGAAAUUUGCAUCCGGGCUCCAAACCUAUUUGUUAUCAAGGGAUACUUCGAAUCUAAAAUCAGAGUUUCAAGCUGGAGAUGGAAAGGUAACUGUAAGCUGUAUUGAGAAGUUUCCUGCUGUGACUCUGGUUCUUGGAGAGCAUUUGCACUUGACUGUGUGCGACUACUUCUUGAGCAAGAGGAACGCGUGA